AUGACCCGGUGCUCUGCUGGCCCUAUUAUACACUCUGCUUGUCGAAAUUUUGAUGCUGGGGACUCCUGGGCGAACAAACUCUCUAGAUUAUUAACGAAUUUUAAUUUAAAGAGUAAAAUAGGACCCAAUGAAGGCGAUUGCAAAGCAUUCUUUGUGGGCGACAAACAGGUGGGAAUCAUCCGCUCCGAAAUCUGGCAGCAGCUGUCUCCUUAUUCCAGUGUUUUCCAGUAUGAUUCCAUUAACCAGAGGGUAUAUCUGAACCCAGACUGGAGGACAUACGAAGAGCGGAGUGAAAAGAUGCACGCCAUUUUACAAGAACUCCGGGUGAAAAAUAUUUUUAGUACCUUAAACGGCUGGAGAGAUGAGUGCUAUGAUGUAAGUUCCAAAUUUGGUGACCAGUCGCUAAUGAAAAUGGAAAGGUCAGCUACAUGUCUUUUUGGUAUCAAACGUUGCGGGGUUCAUGUGAACGGUUACGUGAAGAACCUUGAUGGUAGCAAAGGUGUGUGGAUCCAAAAAAGGGCUAUGACCAAGCCUACGUGGCCUGGCAAAUUAGACAACAUGGUGAGUGGUGGUUUUGCGGUGGGAAUGACAGUAUUUGAGUGCGUUAAAAAGGAGGCACAAGAAGAGGCAUCACUUUCUGAAGAUUUGUUACAAGCAAUGAUUCCAGUAGGCACAGUGUCAUUUUUCUAUGAAGAUGAAAGAGGAAUAUUUCCAGAAACUUUAUUUAUUUUUGAUGUAGAAGUCCCAUUAGAGUUUACCCCAACGAAUACUGAUGAUGAAGUAGAGUGUUUUCAUUUAUAUACAAUUGACGAACUGAAAGAAGUCUUAGUAACAGAUGACUUUAAACUGACAAGCUCCUUAGUUGCAUUAGAUUUUUUAGUGAGACACGGCUAUUUGAACUGUGAUGAUGAACCUAACUACAUCAAAUUGAUGGAGACACUUCACACACCUCUUCAUUUCCUUCAUCCUGCAUACUGA